AUGGCGGGUGCUGAACGUGGACGUGGUCGUGGUCGACGUGGUCGGCGUGGUGGUGGUGAUUGGAUCUCGGGAAGACCUCAAGCAAUUGACGAAAUGGAGAUUGUUGAUAUUAACCAAUUACAAGUUGGCGAGCCAAUAGAGCGGCCCCUUCAUCCAAGACGAAUACGCAUUUGGAGACCGCAUUCAAGACCCUAUCCAGAAGUGGUAAUUCAACCCCCAACACCACUUUCCCCAGCCCUUUCACUUUCUCCUGUACUGCCUUCAAGACCCUGCCCUGAGGUGAUGGAUCCGCCGCCUUCUAGUGCCGAUGUUGCUAUUGACGAGACACAACUUUCCCCAACUCUUGCACCUUCGCCUGGACUGUUUGUGGAAUGUGGUAGUAAAUCAACCAGCAGCACACCAUCUAGAACGCCGGUACAUAGUAUUCGUCCUCGUCAGACUCUCCAAGAUGAUGACAUUUGUUUUCAUUUAAAUUAUGGAAGCGAACCGGAGUCUGACGAAAGUGACGAUGACGACGUGGUGAUACCAGCGUCUGUACCGAGGACGUUCCGGUUGAUGAUGGACACGCCAACCGAUGAUCAUCCCAUCGAUUUAGAACAGCCCACCGACAACUUGGCGGGGAACCCUACAGAUGCUGUCACGUCAGCUGAGGACACAUCUGCUGACUCUUUUUACCAGCCCAUUUUAGAAUAUCGCUUAUUAAGUCGCUUUUACAAAAACAUUCGUCCCGUUAUGUCGCACCUACCAGUGGAGAUAUCAGCAGCGAUGUGCGACACCACCACCUCGCUGAGUUCGCGCUUCUGCCCGGUAAAAGUGGCAGGCAACGCCGCGUAUGUGGCGUUUGCAAGAAGCGGGUACAAACGUAUUGCGUAG